GGAAGGUGACGCGCAGGCUCGGUGGCCACAGAUAACGGUAAUAUACCAUCACAUUCUGCAGUAAACAAGGAGUCCAUGAAACUGCGAGUUAGCUUAUAUAUUAGACUAAGAUGAUUACUGUGUGCGAGGCAGAGAGGCGAGAGGAGAGACCUUCCACUGGGUACGUUAGUAUUGGACAGCCGGUGUACGACGACGAAGACCGCUCUAACAAAGGAGUAUAUUGGGGCGUACGUCACACACUGGCCGCCCUAGGGGCGCUGAGCGUCACUCUCCUCUACACGAUGAGGCUCUCCACCUCUAGUGCCAUAUUAUCCAUGGUCCGACACCAGAACACCACCACCACGGAAAACCCCACCAGCCUAGCCAACUUCAGCAGCCUGACCAACCACACCCCUCUAGCUAACUUCACCAAUAUGGCCAACCAUACCAGCUUUGUCAAACACGCGAGAAUAAUCAGCCAUCACAUCAUUGCUAACCUCAGCAGCCUUGCAAAUGACGGUAACUUGGUCAACCCCGCCACCGAGGCCAUCCUGGAGGGCCGGGUGGAGGAGGGUGAGUGCCCCACACCCCGUCCCCACCACCGCCGCCAUCACACAGGCGGAGAGUUUGACUGGGACGACCAGACGCAGGAGCUUGUGUUGGGGUCGUUCUUCUGGGGCUACGCAGCCAGUACCUUCCUGGGAGGGGUGGCAGCUGAACACUUCGGAGGUCACCUUGUCUUCGGCCUGGGUGUCCUACUCUCCUCCCUUGUCUCCCUGAUGGGUCCUGUCUGUGCCAGAACCUCCCUCCCUCUCUUCAUCGCCUCAAGAGUUCUGAUGGGACUCAUGCAGGGCGUGACCUUGCCAGCGAUCACCUCACUGCUGGCCACCUGGGUGACCCCUGCAGAGAAGAGCAAGUUCUCCGCACUAGUCUUUAGCGGUUUACAGUUGGGUCCCGUGAUAGCCCUGUCGACGAGUGACUGGCUCUGUGGCUCUGGGUUCCUGGAUGGCUGGCCCUCGGUCUUCUAUAUCUUCGGGGCUGUGGGCGUGGUGGUGGGCGGGGCAUGGCUCCUGGUGGUGCUCGACCGUCCAGAACAUCACCCAAGGAUCUCCAGGGUGGAGCUGAAGUACAUACAGGCACAGCGUGGCUCCCUCAAGAGUGCCAACUUGGUGCCCCUACCGUGGAGAGCUGUGUGGACCUCCCUGCCUUUCUGGGCGCUGCUGAUGGCUAGUAUGGGCGACGAGUUUUGCUUCUCUAUCCUCAUCUCUGAAAUGCCUAUCUACCUGAGGCGCAUCCAACACUUCGAUAUAGACAGAGCGGGAGUGUUGGUGGUGGCGCCGUACCUGGUGAUGCUGGUGGCGGGGCUGCUAUGGGCGGCCCUUGUGGACAGACUCACGGCAGCCAACACCCUCUCCAUCGACACCGUCAGGAGGCUCUCCAUGGGCGUUGCCUUGCACUGCCCGGCGAUGGUGUUUUUGGGGAUGUGCUUCGUGGACUGCUGGCCCGAGCUGUCCGUGGCAAUGCUGUGCCUGUCGAUGGGACUGAAUGGUACCAAGAGUAGCGGGCACCUGUGCUCCCACCAGGAACUGGCACCAAACCUGGCCGGCACUCUGCUGGGCAUCACCAACACGGGCGCCUCCAUCAUGAGCAUCGCGGCCCCAGCGCUCGUCGGGUUCAUCACAUACCGGGAUCGUCAAAUAUCACUUCCCCCAGCAAACGGCGUGGGCGUGGAAGACUGUGUUCCUCAUGUGCGCCGUUGUGUGCUUCUUCUGCAACGCCUUCUACACGGUGUUCAUCACAACGGAGGUGCAACCCUGGAACGAACUCGGCUACGGGAGAGUAUCCUCCGAGGAAGGGCAUAUAGAAGACGAAGAUUAGAAAAGCCUAUGGUGGCAAUUAGGCUUCACCUCCACUCCCAGCUUCUUCAGCAAAUUGAUAUUGAUUUCGUGGAAAAACAAGAGAUUUGAGCCAACGCUACAGUGAGGGUUUCUUGAAAGGAAAAAAACUAUCUACAAAAAUAUUAUGCUGUAUAUAGAUUUUAGGUUUCACUCUUGUGCUUCACUUGUAGAUUCCUUGUAGAGAGAACGGGAAGGAGGGGGGGAUUUAUAUUAUAAAAAUUUUUAAUGUUAAGAUAAAACUAUUAUGGUGCUAAUAAAUGUAUAUAUCUAUAACGUUGACUUAUUACUUUUAAUUCUAUUAAUUAUUUUGGAUAGUUUUAUUUGAGUUGUGGAAUCUUGAGAUUUGCAUUUAUAUUAGGAAUUGACACGUAAAUAUAUUAAAAUUCUACUGUUUACACAUUGUAGUAAGUUCAGUCAUGUUUAAAAGCCACUUUGGGACUUGACUUCAUGGAGAGGAAUGAAUGUAAAAGUAUUUCAUUUCAUGUUAAGGUAUAUUUUGCGGAACUUUGACUCUUCUCGCACAAUCUCCAUACUUAUUGCAAUAAUUUAGCAAACAUGAAUAAUAAUCAGAUAUUUAAAGAUACAAAUCUACCAAUCCCCAAGAAACGAGUGGAAGUCCAACAUACUGUGCUGUGCCUAGGUAAACAUAAAAUUAUGAAUUUUUUAGAAAGCCUUCUGAGACGGCUCUUAACUUAUAGAAUUCUAGAAUAACAAACUGU